ACUAAUAGAAGACGUAACAAAAAGAUCAACGUAAAGGUUAAAAGGCGAAUACCCCAAAACACUCAUAAUGGCAUAAUAUCCACUGGACAGUUAAACGCUGGAGUGAACCCAAAACGAUGGCACGAGCACACGACGUAAAGAGGGCAAGGACCGCAACAAAAAUGAAUCCAGUCCGUCUUUUUUCUUGCAGCUGUAGAGUUUCCUCGAAGCUCCGUGUUUUGGCCCCGAUCCGUGCUCCAAGUUAAGCUGUAGUUUCCAUGGCUGACCAUGGUUUGGUGCUGUUGGCUCUCUCUGUCUGCUCAGCCCAGGCUGUGCAGAGCUCCCUGCGGGAUCAGAGCGCUCCCCCGCCGGGACCCUACUCUCACAUCCUCCUGCUGGGACACGGCUACAUUUCCAGCCAAGCCUGGCUUUAUUAUGUGUAUCUGCGCUGCAGCCCCGCCAGCAGUCGGAUCGGGAGGCGGAGGGAAGACCAGAGUCAGGACAAAGAAAAAGGGAGAGAGAAGAUAGCAACUAGAAAUAUUUACGGCUUUUAGGAUAUAGGGGGGAUAAACAAGAAGGAAAAAAAUCCCCGCAGGUAAAAAUGGCAUUGAGAGUGGCACCUUCCGAGAAAUAACAGCGCAAAGAGGGCGUUUCGGCGUUCGCGGGAUCACGCCGAAAAAAGACAGUUCCGACAACUGCAAAAACAGAAUCUCGAGAGGAGCACGCUGGAGGUAUAUAUUAAAAACCAACACCUAAACAUUGUUUAAGUGGUUUUGCCACAUUAUCGGGAAGUAUUGGCACCUCUCGUCACUGAUCAGGUGUGAUCGCAAUGCUGUAAUUUGGGCUCGAAACUCUGCGCGUGUGUGCCCGCACCGCCGUCAGCGUCUGCCGUUACGGAGGAACAAAAGAGCGUUCGCGUUUCGAUCUGGCGAAAACGCGCAAGUUAUUUCUUAAAUCUACAGGUUGAGUCGAGCGUCUGGAGAAGUUCGAUCAUUGGAAUAUCCGGGCGCUGCUGCGCCUCUCUAUUGCUCCAUUACUCUCUCUUCCUUUGAAUGCUUCUGGACUAUCGAGACUGAAGUUGCCGCAUUGCAACAGGCAACGUGAAGAAUUCUCAGAAGUAUUUGUGUGUAACCUUUCGUCACUUAACCGAAAGGACAAAAUACGCACUAAAAGAAGAAAAAAAAAGACGGAGAUGUCUAGACGCAAGCAGGCCAAACCGCGCUCCGUUAAAGCGGUAGAAGAGGCCGAAUCUACAGACUGCGCCAGUGGCUGGGACUCCUCUGUUCAGACAGAAACUGCAGUAUCAGAGCGAGACUCCAAUCGAAAAGAAAGCAGGGCAACUGGAGAGGACGGAGAACAGAGUGUGACGAGUCAUGAUGAGAGGGUUGGAGAGGAGGAUCUAGAUGAUGACUCCAUCUUCACCUGUGACAACUGCCAACAGGACUUUGAGUGCCUGGCAGACCUGACCGAGCAUCGCACCAACCUUUGCCCAGCAGAUGGUGAUGAUGACCCAGGGCUCUCCUGGGUGGCGUCCUCUCCCUCUAGCAAAGACGUGGCAUCUCCAUCACAGAUGCUAGGGGAUGGCUGCUGUGAUAUGGGCAUGGGCACAGGGGAGGAAGAAGGGGGCUCUGGCCUGCCGUAUCCCUGCCAGUUCUGCGACAAGUCCUUCAGUCGCCUCAGCUACCUGAAGCGCCAUGAGCAGAUCCACAGCGACAAACUGCCCUUCAAGUGCACCUUCUGUAGUCGUCUGUUUAAACACAAACGCAGCCGUGAUCGUCACGUCAAACUGCACACUGGUGACAAAAAGUACAGUUGCCAGGAGUGUGAGGCAGCCUUUUCUCGAAGUGAUCAUCUCAAGAUCCACCUCAAGACACACAGCUCCAGCAAGCCAUUCAAGUGCAGCAUUUGCAAGCGUGGCUUCUCCUCCACCUCCUCUCUGCAUAGCCACAUGCAAGCCCAUCGGAAGAACAAGGAACACCUGGCAAAGAAAGAUCAGAGCAAGCGUGAUGGAGCUAACAGUGACAUAGCUGAUCAAGACCAGGAUCUCUACAUGUGUGAUUACUGUGAGGAGACCUUCAGCCAGACAGAUGAAAUUGAGAAACAUGUGCUGACGCAGCACCCCCAGCUUUCAGACCGCGCAGAACUGCAAUGCAUCCACUGCCCUGAAAUCUUCAGCGAUGAAGGCACUCUACUCACCCAUAUUGACAGAACACAUGCCAACAAGAAACACAAGUGCCCCAUGUGUGCCGAGCAGUUCCCAUCUGUAGAGGAUGUCUAUUGCCAUCUUGACAGCCAUAGACAGCCAGACUCCAGCAACCAUAGUGCCAGUCCUGAUCCCGUCUUGGGUAGUGUGGCCUCUAUGAGCAGUGCUACCCCCGAUUCCAGUGCGUCCCUGGAGAGAGGUUCGACCCCUGACUCCACCCUUAAGCCUGGACAGAGCAGACGUAAGCUUGCCCCACCUUCUGACCAUGAUGAAGGAAGCUGGUCAGGUAAAGUGUCAUACAGUUGCCCCUAUUGCUCCAAAAGAGAUUUUAACAGUCUGGCUGUUUUGGAGAUUCACCUGAAGACCAUCCAUGCAGACAAACCUCAGCAGAGCCACAUCUGCCAUCUGUGUCUGGAAACCCUGCCUACUCUCUUCAACCUUAAUGAGCAUUUGCGCAAAGCACAUCAAUCCAGCGGGAGCUCUGCAUCCAACUUUCCCCUUCUGCAGUUCAGUAAUGUCUCUGCCUUUCACUGCAACUAUUGUCCUGACAUGUUUGCAGACAUCAACAGCCUGCAAGAGCACAUUCGUGUUUCUCACUGCUUGUCUGGCAGUGUGGUUGCCGGAUCCACCACUUUGGAGGGCAACCAUGCAUUCUUCUGCAACCAGUGCUCCAUGGGCUUCCUUACAGAGUCAUCCCUAACAGAGCACAUUCAGCAGACCCAUUGCAACACUGGGGGUACUGUGACCAAGAUGGAAUCCCCUGUUCUGCAGUCUUCACAGUCCUUCAUGGAGGUCUAUUCCUGCCCAUAUUGCACCAACUCUCCCAUCUUUGGUUCCCUCCUCAAACUCACAAAACACAUUAAGGAAAACCACAAGAACAUCCCACUCGCCAACAACAAGCGCAAAGUCAAAGUUGCAGACUUGAGCCCAGCCUCGUCUGAUGUGGAGAUAUCCUCCCCUAAACGCCAUAGAGUAACUGGUGAUAGCACUCCGGUGGUUGCAAAUGGGGACUAUCCCUGCAAUCAGUGUGAUCUUCGAUUCACCAGCUUUGAGGGCUUCCAAGCCCAUCUGAAGUCACACCUGGAACUGCUGCUGAGGAGACAGUCUUGCCCACAGUGCAACAAAGAGGACUUUGAUUCUCAAGAGGCAUUGCUUCAGCACUUGACCAUUCACUACACCACAACUUCCACUCAGUAUGUCUGUGAGAGCUGUGACAAGCAGUUCUCAUCUGUAGAUGAUCUUCAAAAGCACUUGUUAGACAUGCAUACCUUUGUGCUGUACCACUGCACACUGUGUCAGGAAGUGUUCGAUUCUAAGGUGUCCAUCCAAGUUCACUUGGCCGUCAAGCACAGCAACGAGAAGAAGAUGUACCGCUGUACAGCAUGCGCUUGGGACUUCCGCAAAGAAAGUGACUUGCAGUCACAUGUGAAGCACAGUCAUUUGGGUCAUCCUACUGGCCCCGGGACAACUGGAAAAGCUCGCAAGUGCAUAUUCUGUGGUGAGACCUUUGGCACAGAAGUAGAACUCCAGUGUCAUAUCACUACUCACAGUAAAAAGUAUAACUGCCGCCUCUGUGGGAAGGCCUUCCAUGCCAUUGUCUUGUUGGAAAGACAUCUCAGAGAGAAGCACUGCAUUUUUGAUGGAGGAAAUGGUAAUGGAAAUGUAGGGAGCCAAAAUGGAACACCCAAUGGUGUAACUCAAAGCUCUAAGCGUUCUGCAACAGGAUCAACUGGAGCUGCUGAGCAAGCAGAUCUCCAGAACAUGCUUUUAAAAGGAAGUGGUCAGGAAACAGCCAACAGCCAUGAAGCCAGUGGUGGCGAAGAGGAGCUGGAUGCCUCAGAGCCAAUGUAUGCCUGUGACAUCUGUGGUGCCGCCUACACCAUGGAGUCUCUGCUCCAAAAUCACCGCCUUCGAGACCACAAUAUCAGGCCUGGAGAGGAUGAUGCAGGCUCCAGAAAAAAGAAGGCAGACUUCAUCAAGGGUAACCACAAGUGCAAUAUCUGUUCACGGACUUUCUUUUCAGAGAACGGCUUGAGAGAACAUGCCCAGACACACCGUGGUCCAGCGAAGCACUACAUGUGCCCCAUCUGUGGUGAGCGCUUCCCCUCACUGCUUACUCUUACUGAGCACAAGGUCACGCACAGCAAGAGCCUGGACACGGGCACCUGUCGUAUCUGCAAGAUGCCCCUACAGAGUGAGGAAGAGUUUAUCGAGCACUGCCAGAUGCACCCUGACCUAAGGAACUCUCUCACAGGCUUCCGCUGUGUUGUUUGCAUGCAAACUGUCACCUCAACACUUGAACUGAAGAUCCAUGGAACGUUUCACAUGCAAAAGAUCUCUUCUUCUGGAGUUAGUGGGGGUGGAGGAGGAUCAGCCUCAUCAUCUCCCAAUGGCCAGCUGCAGGUCCACAAACUCUAUAAAUGUGCCCUGUGUCUCAAAGACUUCAAGAAUAAGCAGGAACUGGUCAAGAUAGAUGUCAAUGGCCUGCCUUAUGGUCUGUGUGCUGGUUGUAUGAGCCGGGGCACAAAUGGCCAGUCGCCCACUGUUGUGGUAACCCCACAAGAGUUUGGGGAGAAGGGAACUUCUGGACUGCGUUGCCCAGAGUGUUCUGUCAAAUUUGAGACCCUGGAAGACCUGGAAAACCACAGUCAGGUGGAUCAUCCUGAGAUGAGCCCUGAGACGAGUGGAGCCAAGAAAGUAUCAGAUGCUUCACCUGUCCCUAAAAAGAAGACAUAUCAGUGCAUCAAAUGCCAAAUGACCUUUGAGACGGAACGAGAGAUCCAAAUCCAUGUGGCCAAUCAUAUGAUCGAGGAAGGCAUCAAUCAUGAGUGCAAGCUGUGUAACCAGAUGUUUGACUCUCCGGCCAAGCUCUUGUGUCACCUGAUUGAGCACAGCUUCGAGGGCAUGGGAGGAACCUUCAAGUGUCCUGUCUGCUUUACAGUGUUCGUUCAAGCCAAUAAGCUGCAGCAGCACAUCUUUGCCGUCCACGGGCAAGAGGACAAGAUCUAUGACUGCUCCCAGUGUCCACAGAAGUUCUUCUUCCAAACUGAGCUUCAGAACCACACACUGAGCCAGCACGCACAGUGAGACCCGGCCCCGCAGGACUCCCGGUUCAGCCUAGAACCCCGACCCAGGCCCGGUGGGGGAGGAACAUUUCAACAUCACAGCCAAUCAAAGUGUCAUUUGCUACUCACAUGUAAAACUCUUAACGAUUCCGCCACCAGGCACAGCUAUUACGAACGGUGGGGAAUGAAUAUUAAUGGGAUAUGCUAUUAAAAAAGAAAAGGAGAGGAAAAAAAGGAGAUGGAGAGAAAAAGGUAUUCUACGUGCAGUAUUUUUUAUUGUCCCUUCUUCCUGGUUGUGCGUUCCUUAUUUGCCCCCUGUUUUCUUUUUCCAUUUUUUUUGGGUGGGGGGGGGGGGGUGAAAAAAUUUAAGGAAAAUACAGCUUCUGCCUGAUUUUAAUCUCUAGAAAAACAUAUCUUGUUCUCUGUUACUUCAUGUAUCAAACUUCAUAUGUGACAAUUUUGUUCUUUUAAAUGCAUAUAUUCUCUCAGCCCUUUUUUGUUGAUUUGUACCAUUUAUUUCUUGCAGUAAAUAGGUACUUGUGCUGUGCUGUGAUUGCUUGCCGGUCGUAAUAUUUUUCCUUUCUAUUAUUAUUGUUAUAUAUUUUCUUUUUUUUCUAAUUACAGUUAAAAAGACAAAAAACAUAUAAAGAAAAAAAAAUAAAAGCAUAAUGGUUUUAAUUGGAUUUUCCAGUACAUGGGCCUUAUGGAUGUUGUAAAAAUGAAUAUCAUUGAUUUCAGUGCAACUGGAUGAUGUCUGCUUUUUAAAUGUGAAUUAACCAGAUUGCAAUAAACUAGUACAGUUGAAAAUAAACAAAUAAAUAAAUCAUGAAUAAAGGGAAUUCAUGCAUUUGCAGUGUGUUCUUUCAAAGCCCAGAUAAAGCAUAUUGAAGUGGUUGAACUCUUUAGAGUGGCUCUUUUCCUGGACACCAUGUGAGCUCUAUUCUUCUCGUCAUGCUCUCCGUUUAACAAUAAAUAUCAGUUGCCUAAUGCUGCACAUAAAGCAUAAAGAUAAUGUGGAUGAAAAACAUCUCAAAAUGAUGAUGAUGAAAAGUGAACACAUGCUUAAUGCAGGCUUAUUCAUUUAUUUGUAUAUUAAGAUAACCCUGUAUGAGAUGAUGUGCACAAUUUCAAUGAAUAAUUGUGCUGUUAAUGGCAUAAACGAUUUGCAUAUUUCUAUAAGUGUGAAUGUAGUAACAAUUUCUAUAAUAAAUAUCACACAAAUUCAAGUCUACUGUUUGCACAAGAUGAUUCAUA